AGCGUCGCCGCGGGGCGGCUGGCCAGAAGGGCCGCCCGCCGGCCCGUCGUCGGGCCGGAGAUGGCCGCCCCACCGCCGAUGGACCCGGCCUCCCCGGAGUGCGUGCGGAUGAUUGCUCUGGAGCGGGAGAACCAGGCGUUGCGGGACCAGGUCCGCGACCUCCAGCACCUGCUGCAGGUGAAGGACCAGGAGAGCGCCCUGAAGUACAGCCUGCUCCAGGCCAAGGAGCGCGAGAACGCGCAGGCGCGCGCGCGGCUGCAGCUCAUCGAGGCCGCGGCGCGGCACGCCGCCGAGGCGGAGGCGGCGCGCCUGCGCCUGCGCGACCAGGGCGUCCUCUCGCGCGACGACCUGCUGAGG